AUGAAUGAUACUGGUAUUCUUUUUGUUAAUAAAACUACAUUAACACCUAUCGAAUCAACUAUUCAUUGUCAAUGGUUAGUAGUUGGUUCAGCACAUCAGCGUAUUGUUGUCAAAUUCGAUUAUAUAUUAAUUCCUAUUCCUAUUGAAGAAUAUUUAACAGGAGGUUGUCGUCGUGCUUCUGUGAAUUUAUGGACACCAGGAUUAGAAAAUGAAAAAGUUGAAUUAUGUGGUGAUCGUCGUCAUGUUCGGAUAGGUGGAGUUGGACAAACAUUAAUGGUUGAACUACAAGCAUUAAGUACACCAUCGUAUUUAAGUAAUCCAUCAUUUUUAUUAACAGAAAAAUAUGCUGAAUGUGGAUUAACUUCAAUAAAUGGUUAUAAAUAUUCUCGUAGAGUUUCUAGUCGUAUUGUUGGUGGUCGUCAAGUUAUACCACAUAGUCAUCCAUGGCAAGUACUUCUCUAUAAUUAUGGCAAAUUUUGUGGAGCAACUGUAUUAAAUUCGAAUUGGAUUGUAACUGCUGCACAUUGUGUUAAUGGAACCGAUCCAAAAUAUUUAUUAGCAGAAUUUGGUAUACAUGAUCGAUAUACGGUAGAACCUUCACGUAUUACAAGAAUGAUUAAACGAAUUGUUAUUUAUCCUUCAUAUAAUGGAAAAUCUACUCGAUGGAUACAUGAUAUUGCAUUACUUCAAUUAUCUGAAUCACUUAUAUUUAGUCCUUAUAUUCGAUCUAUUUGUAUAUCAUCAAUUCAAGAUUUUGUUCGACAUGGUGAUCGAACACUUGUUACUGGAUGGGGAGAAACACAAGGUACAGGAAAUUUUCGAUAUUUACGUGAAGUUGAAGUACCUAUUCAAUCCUAUGAUGAAUGUGGAUUACAAAAUACAAGUUGGUCAACAACUCUUUGUGCUGGUUUAUGUAAAAAUUCAACAUGUGACGCAUGUCAAGGUGAUUCUGGUGGUCCAAUGGUUAUAUUACGUAAUGGUCAUUGGCAUUUAGUUGGUUUAAUAUCUUGGGGUUUUAGUUGUGCUGGUCUUGGUGUAUAUACAAAAAUAUCUUAUUAUACAGAUUGGAUUACUAAAACCGUUUAUCAUUAG